ACAUUUCAUAUACAAGUUUAUACAAACGUAUACAUCAAUAUACAUUACUGUACAGAUGCAGUUAAAACUGUAAAAUAGAAUUUUUGUAUUUUUCUCACUUUUAUCUAACAAUUUAUAUAUAAAGUUAAUUUUUUCGUUGAUUUCUCUACUAAAUGAUGAAUUUUCAAAUUUUUCUUUUCUUGUUGAGUUUCUGUCAAAUCAGAAACUUUGGAGCAAAUUCAUCUAUAUAGAACUUGGAAAAUAAGAGAUUUAGGUCUGUUUUUUGUAUGUUUAUAGCUGGGAUAGGAAUGUAUAAACUUGGGUAAGAAAUAGAACAAAAAAACCAUGAAAAAUUUGCGUCAUAAUAAAAAGGGCAUGAAGAUUUUUUUCGGAUUUGAGCCAAAUAAUAUUGGGCUACAUAUUUGUAAACUUAAAUCUGGGUCAUCCGGUUGCAAGGUUAACUUGUGGAGUGUAUUAUUACGUAAUUCCGUCUUAAUUAUAUGUGUGUUACAACCCAUUACAUUGACAAGAAUUGGAAAUUGCAUAAAAGGAUAUUGAAAUUUUGUGCAAUUACUAGUCAUAAAGGUCAAGAUUUAGCUAGUGGUAUUUCUAAGUUUACUUGAAUCGGGAGUGGAUAAAGUAUUUACUGUGAUAGUUGAUAAUGCGAGUUCUAAUGAUGUGAUGGUUAGAGAGUUAUCCAAGCAAUUUACUAGAUGGAACACUAACUUGAUGGAAGGUUCAUGUGAGAUGUAUGGCUCACAUCAUCAAUCUAGUUGUUCAAGAUGGGUUGAGAGAAGGGAGUGUGUCUGUUGAAUGAAUAAGACAAGCUGUUAGGUGUAUAAGACAAUCUCCCGCAAGAUGGAAAAAGUUUAAAGAAUGUUGUGAUCUUGAUAGGUUAACUUCUAAAAAAUCAUUGUGCUUGGAUGUUCCUACUAGGUGGAACUCCACAUAUUUGAUGUUAAAGGUUGCUACAGUUUAUGAGGAAGCCUUCACAAAAUAUUGUGAUAUUGAUUAUGGUUUGAUGUCAUGUAUUUCUAACUGCAUUUGUGAGGAUGGACAACCUGCAGGUCCACUUUUAAGUAGUGAUUGGGAUAGUGUAAGACGUAUUGUGAAGUUUCUGGAAAUUUUUUAUGAACUCACCUUGAAAGUAUCAGGUACACUUUAUAUUACGUCUAAUGUGCACCUUCUUGAAAUAUGUGUUGUUGAUUCUUUUUUGAAAGAGUUGAUGCAAAAUGAAGAUGCUUUCUUGAGAUAAAUGGCAAAGAAUAUGAAAGAGAAAUUUGACAAGUAUUGGAGGGAUCCACAUAAGAUGAAAAAAAUGAUUUUUAUCUCAUGUGUGCUUGAUCCACGCCAUAAGUUUAAUACUCUUUCAUUUGCGCUUGCUGCUAUGUUUGGAGAAACCGUAGGUUUGAAAAUACAAGAGGAUGUGAAAACAUACAUGGAUACUUUGUUCAAUGUGUAUGCAAUGAAAAAUGGUGGUUCUGGUUCAUGUCCAUCUUCUGGUCCAUCUUCUCCAUCUUCUUCAUCAUUGCUCUCAAAAUUCAUGCUAGAUUUAAAGAAGCAUAAGAAAUGUGGCAGAGUGGACUCUAAAACGGAGUUAGAUAAAUAUUUGGGUGAAGAUGUUGAGGAAGACCAUGAAAAGUUUAACAUUUUGGGGUGGUGGAAGUUGAACUCACCUAGAUUUCCCACUCUUGCUGAGAUGGCAUGUGAUGUGCUAGCCAUUCUGAUUUCUAGUGUUGCCUCAGAAUCAGCCUUUAGCACCGGCGGACGCAUACUUGAUCCAUUUAGGAGUUCAUUGACUCCUAGAUUAGUUCAAGGUCUUGUAUGUGUCCAAGAUUGGCUUCGGAAUGAAUCAACAACUCCGGUUAAAAUUGAAGAAGAUUUAGAUAAUCUUGAACAACUUGAAGCUGAAUUUAUUAAUAUGGGAAGAGAGCCUUACAUUGUCGACAUAUAGUGAUUUUCCAUUUGUUGUACAAGCUCAGGUUUUCAUUAUACACUUGCUUCUUGUUUUGUUGUAUGUUUCUGGAAUCUGGAUAGCUUGAAGCCUUGAACUGUCUUCUUCUUUCUCUGAAAAGGCUCUUCGAAUUGUUUGAAAUUGCAAAUUUUUAACUGAUUGUCUCA